CUCUUUAAAACGUGAGCCAUUUUCAGCGAAAGGGCGGGGAAGAAGACGAAGAUCUUCCGUGAGAGAAAUUGUAUCGCCUUUCUUUUGACAAGGCAAUUAGCAAAAUUCAGGGAAGCUACGACUCUGAAUUCUCGUUAGAUUAUUUGUUCGCUGUUCUUCUCUUGUUUGGUUGUAAUCUCGAUCGUUUAGAAUCUCAAUUCCAUCGAUCGGAAAGGGAAGUAGAUGCCGACCGACAUGGAAGUGUCGCCGUCGAUCGUUGCCCGUGGCCGCUUGGCCGUACUGGCAGCACAUCUGGCCGCGGCGACCUUGGAACCGCCGGAGAUGGCUUCGUCCCUCUUGCCUCACUGCGUGUCGUCUCGGAGCAUGGUUCAGCCUCCUGAAAUGCUGAAGGGCUCGUUGAAGGUCGUGGAUGAGAGGACUGGGAAGAGGUACCAGGUACAGGUAUCUGAAGAAGGCACGAUAAAGGCCACUGACUUGAAGAAGAUAACCACUGGACCAAAUGACAAGGGGCUUAAGCUGUACGAUCCAGGCUAUCUCAACACGGCGCCGGUUCGGUCAUCGAUCAGUUAUAUUGAUGGUGAUGAGGGAAUUCUCAGGUAUAGAGGCUACCCGAUUGAGGAAUUGGCUGAGAGUAGUACCUAUGUGGAAGUUGCGUACCUCUUGAUGUAUGGGAAUUUGCCUUCUCAGAGUCAAUUGGCAGACUGGGAAUUUGCUAUUUCUCAACAUUCCGCUGUACCACAGGGAAUUUUGGAUAUCAUUCAAGCAAUGCCUCAUGAUGCACAUCCAAUGGGUGUGCUUGUUAGUGCAAUGAGCGCUCUAUCUGUCUUUCAUCCUGAUGCCAAUCCUGCCCUUAGGGGACAAGAUCUUUACCGGUCUAAGCAAGUGAGAGACAAACAAAUAGUACGUAUUAUAGGGAAGGCUCCCACCAUUGCAGCCGCAGCUUAUCUUAGAUUGGCUGGAAGACCUCCAGUUCUCCCUUCCAGCAACCUUUCUUAUUCAGAGAAUUUCCUCUACAUGCUUGAUUCAUUAGGUAAUAGGUCUUAUAAACCCAAUCCUCGGCUUGCUCGAGUCCUAGACAUUCUAUUCGUCCUUCAUGCAGAACAUGAAAUGAACUGCUCUACAGCUGCUGGUCGCCAUCUAGCAUCAAGUGGUGUUGAUGUGUUUACUGCACUUUCCGGAGCUGUUGGAGCACUGUAUGGGCCUCUUCAUGGAGGUGCCAAUGAGGCUGUGCUUAAGAUGCUGAGCGAAAUUGGAACUGUUGAGAACAUUCCAGAAUUCAUCGAGGGUGUUAAAAACAGGAAAAGGAAGAUGUCAGGUUUUGGCCAUAGGGUGUACAAGAAUUACGAUCCUAGAGCUAAGGUCAUAAGAAAACUGGCCGAGGAAGUGUUUUCCAUUGUUGGUCGGGAUCCUCUCAUUGAGGUGGCUGUUGCUUUGGAGAAGGCUGCUCUUUCAGAUGAGUACUUCGUCAAGAGGAAGUUAUAUCCUAAUGUUGACUUUUACUCCGGAUUAAUAUACAGGGCUAUGGGAUUUCCAACAGAAUUUUUCCCCGUAUUGUUUGCAAUCCCCCGAAUGGCUGGAUACUUGGCACAUUGGCGAGAAUCCCUGGAUGAUCCUGACACAAAGAUAAUUAGACCGCAACAGGUCUACACUGGGGAAUGGCUGCGGCAUUAUAUUCCACCCAAAGAACGACUUGUACCGGUUAAAUCAGACAGGCUCGGUCAGGUUUCCGUUUCGAAUGCCUCCAAGCGCCGACUGUCUGGAUCCGGGAUCUAGACUAUUUGGAUCACAUAAAUCAAAUGCAGGUAAAUAAAAUUAUGCAAGUUUGCAAGGAAGCGAAACUUGUUUGUUGCAUGGUCCAGUCGCUGCCAGAAUAUGGACAAAGUUGCAAAGUAGAAUGUUAGAGAAACAAGAUAGACCCUCCAUAAAGAAUAAAGGAUUCGUCGCCAUUUGCAUACAGUGUGCAAGUUUCUUGUUUUAUUAGGAUGUGAUAUUGUAACUUCCAGUACUCUGGAUGAAUUUAUGUUGUACCCAAUAUCAUAUUUUCAUUCUUCUUUCCAGUUGUAAGAUGAAAAAUGGUUCUAAACUUCAGUUUAA